AUGUCACUAAUGGAAAAAAUUAUUCAUUACAAGCAACCAAACCUAAAAUUACCUCAGCAUCAAGCAUAUUCACUACACGCAUACCCUCACUCAGAACCGCCCAAAUACGAUAAAUUAAACCCAGCUUUCACAGCAAAGACUAACUAUGACCACAACCAGGAUGAAUUUUAUAACGGAUUGAAUGACGAAAACAAUAGCACACUAUUGGAAUCCCCAAAUUUUACAUUCGAUCACCUCUCACCAGCAUCGUACCCGAUGGAUUUCUCCAUGGAUGAAAACGUUCAUGAAGACAUAAUACCAGCGGACAUUAACAGCAAAGUAAAUAAUAAUAUUUCCGAACAGAACAACAGCAUACCGGAACGUAUAGACUACGCGGCUAUUUAUACUUCGUAUGAGGCAAGGACAUAUCUUUCCAACGUCGCGAAUUCCAGAAUAAGGCAAAUGAUACUGUACGUUAAUAAUUCCAAGGAUAACAUGAAUAAUGUCUCAUAUUGGAAACGCUUUGUAGAGGAGUUUUUCGAUCGUGAUUGUCAAUUGAAUAUAUCCAUGAGGUUGGGUUCUGAAAUUGAGAUUUUCGAAAUCUUGGGAAUUCUAUUACCACAGAUGGUACUACAGUUUGGUCAUAUGGGUGUGAUGAAAUUGGAAAUUACACCGGGGGAAAUUCAUACACAAUUGUUGAAUGACGGAACUAAAUUUUUCGAUUGUUUGAGCAACACUUACUAUUUCCAUUAUGAAGAUGGUAGUCAUCAUAAACUUUAUCUCGAGCUGCAUGGGAUAUUUACAGUAGAUUUGAAAGUUAAAUGGAUUGAUGUGCAAGUGAGAGGCAGUACAUAUUGUGUGGAUUGGAAUUCUGUUGAGAGUUUGGUUACGGGGAAAACGGUUCAAAAUAUAGUGGCAGGUCCAACUCCAACUGAGGAUAAUGAUAAUGAGAACGAAAAUAAAAUUGAAAUCGAGGAUGAAGAUAAGAAGAAGAUGAAGGAGUUACAAUCACACUUUAAUGUGUUUAAGAACACCACUGAAUUUGGAAUUAUUAAAAAUAUGGCCAGGUUGUUUCAAGUUAAUCAAGUGAUGUCCAAGAUGAUUGACUUGAUGAAAUAUCAUAGAAAGAUAAAUUCAGUAAAUCCUAUCACGUCUCUAAACGAAUACGUCCAGGCUAACAAAGCGUUGAUUGUGAAUAAACCCAUCAAGAGAACAAGAAAGAGACGUGCAGAGGAAGACCAUAAUACAUGGUUUAAACAUUUGAAGAAAAUGGCCGUGCCAGAAGGACUAGAGAGUCGAACAACGCCAACUUUGAAGAAAAGAAAGAUUAUCCAAAUGCGAUCGGGUCCAACAGUUCAAACAUGA